UCCACAGUAUUGAGGCGCACGGUGUCCCAGCACCAACUCGAUUUACCUUUUCUUUGCUCUCUAUCUCUGUCUCUCUUCCUCUCUCGUCCAGAAUAUUGGGCCUCUUUUGCGCGCGAAUUUUAUUAUCUUAACAACAAAACUAUGCUACGCCGGAUAAAAGCAAAUUUUCCAAAAAGAAUGUCUCAUCGCGAUACAGUGAUGUGAACUUUAAUGUGCAAGGCCGGAAAUUUUUUCAUUACAUAUGUGUGCAGUGAAAUGGUGAAUUUUUACAAGCAAAGGAGCUCAAAUUUUUAGUUGGAGCCUCGAAAUGGAGGCGGAAAACCAGGAUAUUUGCUAUAGCCCGGGAAGCAUUGCAGGAGCUGUAAUUGGGACCUUUUUAACGACGAGUCUUCUUAUUGCAGUAGGAGCCUUACUUUACAGACAGUGGCGCAGGCAUAAGGGAAAACACCUAGUUUUGAUGACAGAUCCUGAAAUUGUCGACGAUGCUUAUGCCUUCGAUAAUCCUUGUUUUAAGGAUGCCACACCUGCGGUUCUGGAAAGACCAGUGUCCGCAAUUACCAUGGACACACCAGCGAAAGAUUCAACUCGCUGGUCCACCCCAUGGUCGUCCUUGGGCCUUGGCACUGGAAAUCGAAAUGACAAGAGACGCACUUUGGACGACUCUUGCCUUGGACCAAAGGCCACGAGGGUCAGCAACGUCAGUCUCAGGAGUCGAGACUUUACCGGGCUUGGAUUUAACGUUUGCGGAAACAUGAGGGAAGGUAUCUUCGUCAAGGAUCUUCUUCAUCGUGGCCCUGCUUCCGAAUCUGGUCGCAUUCAUCCGGGUGACAGAAUAGCCAGUGUAAAAAUCAGCUUCCGGAGUAUGGUCUACGAAGAUGCCCUGACAAUUCUGAGUUACGCUUCGCCUUACGACGUAGAAUUAGAGGUCGAAAGUGGGGGAUCUGGUUCGAAACCGACAACCUUAUUAAAAAAGAGCGUGGGUCCAAGUCCAACGCGGAUUUGUCAUCCACUCUACAGAAGUCAAUCAAUUCCGGAACUUUCCCAGGCUCACAAAACAGCCGCAAAAAGGCUCUUCAUUGCCGAUCCAAAUGAUUCUCUUGGCUCAAAUUAUUCCACAAUGAACUCGACCCUCAAAUCCUCAAAAUCCACUCCAGGCACCCAAACUCUAGAACGUCAUCACGAAGAGACAAAACACAACCACCACAAAUUUGGCAUCAAAGUUCUUCCCGCCCUCGAUGGAACCGUCGACAGAAUCGAGAAUCAAAACGAGCACAACACAAAUCUCGAAAGAAGACAUUCCAAGAAAAUUGAUGCUGAAAAAAUCCUCGGGAAAAAUGCAUCCCUUGUCAAAGAAACGUCCCCUCCUGAAGAGGAGACCAAACUUGCUUUUGAGAACUUGCAACAGAAAGCAAAUUUAGAAAAAGAUAUCCUCUUAUCAAAGGAGAACAUUCUACAGAAAGAAAAUCUACAACAAAAGGAGAAUAUAAAACAGAUCGAGAUUGCGAAUCAGAAAGAUCAUCCUCUGAAAAUGAGGAAACUCAUAAAGGUCGAUGGGACGGAGCUAAAUGGAAUAGACAUUCCUGACAGAGGCAAAGAAGAGCCGAAUAUUCCGUCUGAGGUUCCAACUGAAGUUCACAAUGCAGCGAUGGCUGCUCGCCGAAACAGGAAAAACAGUUCAGAAUUUCUGAACGCUCCAAAGUCCCCAACAAUUUCGAGUGAGGAAGAUCCUAAAAGUCCUCAGAAAGGCAAGAGGAAGGCUCCAGCCCCGCCGAAGAUGAAUUCCGAGGAUGCUGAGUCUCCAGCGGUGAAAAAGGAGAGGGAAUCAGACGAUAAGAUCGACUCGAUUGCAGAUUACACUGAUGCGUUGAAUGAUUACGUCAGCAAAGUGCGCGAGAAUAAAGAUGACGAGGCUCGCAGACAGAGGCUAGAGGCGAGAACGAACAGAAGGAAUUCAGAGUCCGACACGGACAGUGAGAUUCAAAACAGUUUCACGACGAUUGAGUUGAAUCCGGCUGAUAUAACAAUUCAUCAUACGCCAGUGCCCGAGGUCGAGGAUGAUGAGGAAGAGGAUGACAUCUACAGAAAAGCAGCGAGUUUAGGGGACCUUUCAAAAUAUGAGAGCAAAACUUCAGCGACUUUGGAAAGGGCCCAGAGUCUGGACAUGACAGAUACUGGAUCCAAGAAGCGAAAAGCUCCUAUGCCUCCGGAAGAUAUUAACGAAUCGACUGAGGAUCUUACGAAGUUGGAUCAGAUUGACACAUUCGAUCGGCGGAAGUUGAAGAAGUCUAGUGAGUGGGGAACACUUGAAGACGCAAUUUGGGCAAAAGAAGAAGCUGAAGAUUUGGCAAAGAAGAACAGAGUUAGAAAGAAGAGCAACGGAACUUUGGAAAGAUCAAAAUCAGCCGUGGAAAUCAAAAUGAAGGAGGAUCUUCAGGAAGCGAAGAACUCUCUUCCGGAUUCUGAUCCCAUGAAUGUUUCUGAUGGUGCGAUUGAAACUUCAAUCGAUUUGUAUAAUUUGCCUUUGAGCAAACGCAUGUCUCAGGAUUUUAUACACGCUGAGAGGAUGUUCAAUCCUGACGAGGAUAAUUCUUUAGCGAGAAUUGUUAAUAACGGAAGAGUUGUGAAGAGUCCAACUCCUGAAGAAGUGGAGCUGGAUUUCAAGCAAGCAUCGCCAAUGCCAGAUGUCGAUGGGAAUCCUUUCAAUGGUGAAGAUGAGGAUCUCAAAGAUGUAGAAGAAGGAGUUGAAGGGUUCGAAAAGGCUCUUCGAUACUUCGACCUUCAUUCCACAAAGGACUCUUUGAAAGAUACAAGUUCUAGCGUGAAUUUCGUGAACUUUUCGGACUCGAAAGAAAAAGAUUUGUUUAAGAGUGACCCCAAAUUGUUGUACAAAGACAAAGAAGAAGUCGAAGAAGUUUUCACGAAAGUGAAGUUCGAAUAUGGAUGUCCUGCGUGUGAUAAAAGACAUGGACAUCAUGACGAAAAUUGUAAGAGACAUCUUAACUCUAAAAAAGAGAAUCUAGAACUUCAUAAAGCUGAAAGAUCCUCUGAUAAAAUCGUUAAUAAUUUACAAAAGGAGACCGAGGCUUCUGAAGUUAAUCUGGGAAGCCAGGUUCUGAAAUCAGUUCCAGAAAAAAAGGAAAUGAAAAGAGAUCCAGAUACGUCGGUUUCUAUUUUCCAAGUCCACAGGACAAAAUUCCAGCCGACUUCUCAGAAGGAACCAUCAGAAUUCGAAACUCAUUUCGCAAAGAGAAUCGUGAAUGCUCUUGAUGAAAAGGAUGUGGAAAUUAUUCUUGAUGAUCAGGAGGAAGAUGGUUACGAUUUUGGAUCGAGCAUAACGGUGAAUAAUAAAAAUAUUUCUCCGAGUGACGAUCAUCACAAUAUCAGUAAUGUGAGUGUUUCUAGUGGAGAAAAUAGUGAAGACAGUGGAUUGGUCCGAGAAUCAAUUGAGUUUAAAGAAUCUGAAAUUCGUCCGCCACUUCCAAGCACACCAAUGCCACUAACAGCUCCUCAAAAAAUGACCUACAUCACUGAAAUAAAAGUGUCACCAACGAGGGAAAAUAUUCAUGCGCCUGAUAGCGAAAGUGAAGAACUUGUGGCGAUUAUGGAAGGAAAUGGAGAUGCUAAAAAGCACCAGAUCGAUGUCGUAGUCACUUCGAAUGGAAAACCAGGUUCUGGGAAAAAACCUCCAGUUCCUCCGAGAAGAAGUGAUGUUUCAAAAUUGAUCAAGGAUGAGAUUUCUGAUAAGCAGGUGGUUUAUGUUUCGGAAUAUAAAUCUCCGCCUUCAAAGGAAAUUCAAGUUUCGACUGUGAAUGCUUCGGAGGAUAAACCUACGAGUGUUAAUAAAAAAUUCGAGCAGUGGAUCUUCCUGGGCGAUAACAAGGAACAGAAUCCUUGGGGAAACGGAUCUAGUCCUCCCCAACCUGUUACGAACAUUGUACUCUCAGCGGGAGAUGAGAAGAUUUUGCAUCAGUAGAUGUGGUCUGAUAAGUGGAUUCAAAAUUGUAUAUUUAGGGAGUGAAUUUAAAUUCUUUGGGGGAAGAUAUUUGGGGUGGAAAUUUUGGAUGGUUGAGAGAAUUUCUGCAUUUGGUUUUAUUACAGUUUUUUAUUAGAAACAUAUCUUGAAAACGUAAAAGCUUUCAAAUGAGAAAAUCGUAAAAAAUAAAGAGUCUUCAGAUGUGUUAAUUUUUUUUGUUAAUAACCAGUGCUAAGGAAUUUGUAGUCUUGAUUAACAUUACGUUGUAGAAAAUGUAUUUUUUUCUCCAUGUAUUUUGUAUCAAAGAACGUGAUACGUAAUAAUACUUAUAUUUUGCGAAAGAGUGAAUGAAAUUGAGUAGGAGAAAAACGUCUGUGCCAUAAUAACUAAUGAGAGUCUGGCAUCUUUAUUUUAGAAAUAGAAAUAAACAUCUUCCUUCAUCAAAAUUUGUUUUUAGAUAGGGCGAGAGAGAUUUUAAAUACGAAAAUAUAUUAUUGUACAUAUUUGAUUAAUUUUAAUUUUGAUAUCUGUUACUUACGAGCAUGAGAGUUAUUCAAUUAACACUUCCACUAUUGGAUUUAAUCGUCCCAGUUUAGAGUCUUUAAACAUAUGAGAUAUUUAGUCUAAGCAUUAAAAUUAUGUUUAACGUUAUUAUUGAUUGUGAAUUUUAUUUUUAUGAUUUUUUACUAAUUGGCAAAAAUCAUACCGAACAAAAGUGAUUAACAAAUCUAACAGAACAUAAGAAUCACUUAGAAAAAUAUUUGAUUCUGUGACGUGCAGGUCUCGGACUCACUUCUGAGAUAGAAAAUAAUGUAAAUAGUGUUACAAAUUUAAAAAAUAGUGUCAAUAUGUCAUAAAACUUUUCAAAUAUUAAAAAUGAUUAAUAGAAUUCAAUAAGC